ACGAUGGAAAACGUGGACGAAGCGCUCGACGAGGUGCGACCGUAUUUGGUCGCCGACGGUGGUAACGUCGAGCUCGUGAAGAUUGAAGGCAAGAUCAUCGUCGUGCGGUUGAAUGGGGCGUGCGGGACGUGCGCGUCGUCGUCGGCGACGAUGAAGGGGGGGAUCGAAAAACUUUUAAAGCAAAAAUUCGGCGACGCCGUGGAAGAAGUCGUCGACGUG